AUGGUUAAAUUAUCAAGAUACGAAAAAUUGCAAAAAGAGCAUAAUGCUAAGAAUUAUAAACCUUUAAUUGAUAAUAUCAUAAAAAAUAGUGAGGAUGCUGAUGAAAAUAAAAGUAAUGUUAAAUUCAUUAGUCAACUAAAAGAUAUUAGAGAUUGGAAUAGAUCGAAAGAUGAUUUAUUUAUUUGGAUCCCCGUAUUAAAUAAAAUUGAUACAAUUUUAUACCAGAUUAUUAGGAAAUACAAAUAUGAAUCAACUGAUUUAGAAAAAUCCCCCGUUAAUUUAAUUGAAAUGUCAGCAGAUGAUGAAGCUGUCACUGUGGAAUUGUGUGAAUUCACAUGUAGAUUAUUAACCAAUACAGAAAAUAGAUUUAUCUACUCUUCCUUAGAUGUAAUGAAUAAUUUAUUAAAUUGUCCAAAUUUUAUUAUUAAAUUAUCUGCUCUUAAAGUAAUUGCCAUCAUAGGUGAAAGAUAUGUUAUUGCAAGAGAAAGAAUUCAUAAUGCUAAUAACAGUACGGAUAACAACAUUAAUAUUUUAAACGAUAAUCAUUUAAAGAAAAAAAUUUUAAAAUUUGCUUUAGCCUUACCUUCUUCAAGUAAUAAUGACACUGGUGACCAUUUUUCACUGGUUGAUUUAUUUUUUGAUAAGAAAAAGCAUCCUUCAAAAUGGUCAAGAUUAAAAUAUACGUAUUACACAUCUACUUCUAACUCUACAUCUGCAACUUCAUCUUCCAAUAAAAAUCAUACUAAGAAAAAUUCUAGUACAAACCUAAUCAAUGAUCCAGUUAAUUCUCUAAUUGCAUCUAUUCCUACUUCUACUUCGAUUUCUACCGUUACUUCUGUUACAAAUAUUGGCCGUAAUAAUACCCCAACUACCUCUACAAAUACAAAUACAAAUACAAAUGCAAAUACAAAUACAAAUGCAACUUCAAAUUCAAAUAUAAUUUUCGAUGUUACAACACAUAACUCACUAUCUAAUAUUAAUACACCACUAUCCUCAAGAAAAACAAUAGAUUCGAUGAAGAAAUUUAACCUAUCAGCACAAGAAGUGAGUUCUUUAUCUUUACAAGAAUUGUAUAAUAAAGGUAUGGAAAAUUUACCAUCAAGUCAUUGGUUCGACUAUUCAAUAAAAAUAAAUAUUGUCAAAUCAUUCUCCAAUGAUUCAGAUGAAAAUAAAGAUUUAAGGAACUUAAUUAUUAGAUUGAAGUUUGUUUCUAUUGCCCUAAUUAAUACUAUUAUAAUACCUCCACAAGUUAGUUCAAAACUGUUUGAAAUCGAUCCUUACAUCUUUAAUAACUUAAUAGAUUUUAUUUCAUUAUCUGAAUUAAGAGUACCAAAGCAACUAAGAUUUGAUGCUAUUUUUGCAUUAGAAUGCAUUUCAUUAAAGCACAUAUGGUGUUCCGACAUUUUAAGACACCUAGGUGGGAAUAUGUCUCAUGGUUUAUUGUUUCAAAUAUUACGCUAUAUCAACAAAAUUCUACGAGACCCAAGUUGUCAUAAUGAAGUUGAUGAAGAAUAUAAUGUUAGACUCUUUUUCAUUAUUUCAAACCUAGCAGAUGUAAAGGUAUUACAUAAUUCCCUGAUAUCAGCUGGUUUAAUCCAAAUACUGUUAGAUAUUGUUUCAACUAAUAGCAACAAUGAUGAUAAUAAUAACGAACGAUUAUUCAAAAGGACAUUAUCAUCUGCAAAUCAUUUAUUGGAGUUAUUACUUACUGAUAAUGAUUCGACAGUGGAAUUUAUAAAUAACGAUGGUUUAAAUAUUUUAGUGACUUCAAUUACAAAUCAAGUUAGAUAUGCAAUCAAAAAUCCUAAUACAAAUGAUUCUCCUGUGAAGCCAGUUGAAGAGUAUUCAAUUUCAUUUAGACAGGUUAAUUAUAUUAAAAGUUUAUUAAAACUAGUGAUUAAAUUAUUAAAAAUUGAUUCAAGCGAUAGAAUUAGAAAUUUAAUUGAUUCUCCAAUAUUAGUUUCAUUAAGAAUAGUAUUGGAAAAUAAGCCAAUUUUCGGCUAUAAGAUUCUAACAUAUACAUUAGAUAUAAUUCAAAAGAUUAUAAAUUCAGAACCGACUAUUUACCCAAUUCUAGUGGAAACCGGAAUUAUUCCAUAUAUAAUUGAUCACUUUCAGGGAUUCAUUGUUCCAUAUUCAGACCUGUUGAUAAUGUUACCGGAUGUUUUAUCUGCAUUGAGUUUAAACAAUGAUGGUUUAAAUCAAGUCAAAGAGAAAAAUUUAAUGAAAUAUAUUUUUGAAUCGAUUACAAACCAAGAAUUUGCAAGAUUAUUAACCUGGAAAGAGCAAUCCAUUGAAUUAGGAACUUCAUUUGAUGAAUUAUCAAGACAUUAUCCUACAUUAAAACCUUUAAUUCUUGAUGGGUUUUGUGACAUGGUUAAGCAUAUCAGUAAAAAUGUUGUUUUCGAACAGCCAUACUUGUAUAACCAAAUUUCGGACGAAAAUGAUAUGUUCUAUAGAUCAAAAGAUCAGCCUGUACUUGAUAAUGAAGAAGGUGCUAACGAAUUGGAAUUCUGGGAUAUUCAACCAUCAACAUCAAUUAUUGAUUGUUUUGCUGAUUUUUUCUAUGGCUUAACGUUAGAAAAUACGAUACUCAAUGAACUUCCUCCAAAUUUGAAAUCAGAAGAUAUUUUGAAUAUUGUUGUAAUGCAAAGGCCUCCCUUUGAUUAUAAUUCUUCUCAGACGAUGUUAAAUUUCAUUGAUGUUUUACAAUUAUUUGACGAUCAUCACAAGGAUUUUAUAUUUCCAACUUUGAUGGAUAAUAUUAUUAGUUCUCUAUUAUCCAUCAAGGAUUUUUUAGGCUCACCAAAUUCUUCGAGUUUUAUCUUAAAAGCAGAACCUUCGAGAGAUAACUCUGAUAUAGAAAGAUUACUAGAACGUUUUUCAUUUAUCUCAACUUCUCUUUAUAUUUUAACGGACGUUUAUAUUAAUAUUACCACCCUUUCAAGAUCUAGAGCAGAACAAAUUAUUAAAUAUUUCGAACAUCAUGGACUUGAACUAAUUCCGUUAUUAAGACAGUUGUUUCAAAAAGCAUUAUUGGAGGAUAUCUAUAUUAGGGAAAAAUUACCAGAUUCUGUUUUUGAUGAAACUAUAUCUGAAUCUAUCGGUAAUACACCACCUUUACAAAUUCGUGUAUCUAAACCAACAGAUACGACUCAACGCCACAAUACUAAAAUAAAGGAUAACAAAACAUCGGCAAAGUUUAAAAAUACUUAUGAAAUACGUUCCAUAUUAAGCAAUAUUCAAUCAAGCAUAUCUACUUUAUUUAGAUGUCUUUUGAGAGUUACAAGGGUAAAAGAGUCAUUCCGUGACUCUCCACUUCUGGUUGGAGUUCACGUUAUGGAUGAAGUGAUUACACAAAUUAUUGAAAUGAUGAAAGCUGUUGAAUUUAAUAAGUCUACUAUUCCAUACUUUCUGGUCGUUUUUCAUUUUAACUCAUUUGUAUUCAGUUAUCCAAAAACUACUUUGUCUGGUGGUGGUAUUUUACAAACCUUAUCAAUUCUUUUAUUUUAUCAAAAAAAUGGGUUUCAAUUAUAUAUUGAUGCGGUAAAACAAAUAUAUGACAUUAUGAGAUCAUUUGAGAAUUUAUCAAUGAUUGAAGAUAUAAGCUAUGUUAAAAACUCAGAUGAAAUCCUAAGUUUAAGCUGUUUUAUUAAUUGUCUAACAUUUUUGAAUAGGUCAAUGCAACCUGAAACUAUGGAAAUUGUAUCGAAUCUUGAAUGUUAUUAUGAUCUUUUAGGUAACGAAUAUAGUCGAGUUUUAUUAAAUGAAGGAUUGGCAGAAUCAAUCCAAUUGUUGUGUUUAGGUCUUCUCAAUGAUCUAAGAAAGCAAGGACUUUUAUUUAACGCCUGCUCUAGAAAUAUACCGUACGCUGUAUUUAAGCAACUAUUAACUUUGAUGAAAAAUACAUUUACUAAAUCUAAUUAUCCUUCACAGAACCUUUUCAAACUUGACUGGAGAUUAAUUGGUGCAUUUAGAAAGAGACAAAAUGUCUUGGAAGAUGCUGGUUUAACCGAGUAUAGAGCGUAUAAAUAUCUUGUUGCUAAUGAUCGUAAGUUACCUAAGGUGACUGAGGAAAAACCUGUAGAUUUUAGUGACUCUGAGUGGACAAAAUUUUUGGAACUUGUUAACACUAAAUAUUUACAAUCUGAGUAUUUUAUGUACUCUGAUCAAGAAUCUAUCGGACAUCCAAACGUCACGGAAGAAUUAAAAGAAUUGAGACAUGAAUUUUUUGAAGAUAAUCUAAUAAAUCAAAUAUUUCAAGUAUUACCAUUGUAUCCAAAACUAGUUAAUGCAUUUGCCAAAACAUUAAUUCAAAUAUUUGAAAAUAAUGAUGAACCUUUUGAAACAGUUGAAAGAAAAAUCUUAGACUUAAUAUUUAGAACUAGCGUUGUAGAUUCUGUUAAAUUAUCAUCUUUAAUUCACUUGUUUGGCAUCUAUUUGAAUGAGAAGAAUGUGUAUGAAAAAUCUUACAAUUUACUAGAAAAAUUUACGGAAUAUUUGAAAACUAAUUUAAGUCCUAAAUAUGUCAAUGAAUCCUGGUUUUCUAAGGCCUUAUAUGUUUAUGAAAUUAUUAUGGCAAAAUCCAAUAUUCCGAUAGUUGAAGAAUCAGAUGAAUACCAAGCUACAAAAGAAAAGUCUUUAACUUUACAGGAAACCUUUUUCAGAAGCUCAAAGGACCUUGAACAAAAUAUGUUUGACAAAUUGAUAAGACUCAACUCUAUAUCAAAUUUUUAUUCAGCAUUGGCAACCUGUAGGAUAUUGAUAUUUUAUGCUCAGAAAGAAAGGUAUAUUCAAGAAAUUACAACUUCGGGAAUAUUAUCUGAAAUUUUAAAAACCAUUGGUAGCUUCCAAAAAUCAGAUAAAAUAAACUUUUUGGAAUCUUCAUUUUUGUUGUUGGUAAGAAGAUGUUUCGAAACUGAUAAAGUCGUGUCUUCCCUAAUAAGAUAUGAAUUAAAUAAAAGUUUUACUACAAGAGCUAUUGGUGAUCACCGUGAGAAAGAACGAGAGCUGAAAAGUCUAUUAGAAGAAAAAGCAUAUGUUGUAAUGAGAAACCCUGAGCUAUUUGUCGAUAUAUUUUCUGAAAAUGCAAGAUUCAUUGAAUAUGAUGAUAAAUUACAAUUGAGCGGACUUACUGUAGCUAGAGUAUUUGAUAAAAACUCCGAUUUAAGUGAUGAUUCUGAAUCUAAUAAUGCCAAUGCAGCAACCUUGUUUAAAAGAACUGGCAUUGUUCAUUUAAUUCUAGCACAGCUGAUAGCAGCUUCUAAAAAGGACUGGAUUUCAGAACCUCCAAAUGUUGAAGAAGGAAAUACUAAUACUCAGAAUAAAUCAAAAAAGAUCGAACCUUCCAGAAACCCUGUAUGUGCUUACAUGAUGUUUUUAUUAAAAGUAUUAGUGGAACUUGUUAGUAGUUACAAGCAAUCUAAAUUUGAGUUUCUAACUUUUAAUAAAAGAAACUUGUACACGGAAAAGCCUAAGCCAAAAGCUACUGCUCUUAAUUUUUUUCUCUAUCAAUUGUUGGAUAAACAAAUUGAAAAUGAGCAUGAUAAAAAUGAAAUGAAACGUAAGGAAGUGAUAAGUAUGUUAGCCCGGUCUGUUUUAGUCGGAUUUGUAGCAUCAGUUCAUGACGACAAAAAUAGAAAAAGUGACCCUAAAAUUAUUGACCCUGAUAUGUCAUUUAUUAGAAAAUUUACAAUAGAAACCAUUGUAAAAGCCAUGAAAGGUGUAAUAGGCACAUCAAAAUCCAUCCAAGUGAAUUCGACAAAAUUAGACGUCUGGUUCAAAAUUAUAUCUUCCAUGGUAUUCUUACAAGCUCCGUACUUGAGAUUAAUUUUGGAUUCUAAUAAAAUUGAUGCUGAUCAAUACCAAAUUUGCAAAUAUAUGAUAGACCUAAAUGUUCCUGCUGUCAUUACUGAAUGUAUGUCUAAUUUAGACUUGAAUUAUCCGUCAACAAAAAAUAUAUUUAAUGCUGCUGUAGGCCCUUUAAACGCAAUUAAUUCAGCCAGAAAUAGUUUCUCUGAAUUGUUCAAAAUUGAAAGCAAUGAUGAUGAUGAUGACGUUGAUGUAGAAUCCGAUAAAGAAGACGCUCAGAAUAUGUUUAGAAAUUCAGUAUUAGGUAUGUAUGAAAUGGAUGAUAUCGAAGAAGAUGAUGCUGAUGAUGAUGAUGAAGAUUCCUUAAUUGGAAACAACGAAGAUAUUGCAUUUGUAGAUGAUGAAGAUGGUGGAUAUGAGGUUGUUUUUAGUGAUGAUGAUGAUGAAAAUGUCGCUUCAGGCACUGAUAAUGAAGGAUCUGAUGAAUUAGAUAAUGGAGACGCUGAAUCAGAAUCCAGGGAUUAUUCUAUGGAGGGUGAAAGUAUUCCGUUUGAAAUUGAAUAUGCAGAUGAGAGUGAUCAAAGUAUGCAUACAGAUACCUCAAGUUCCGAUAUUGAAAUGUACGAUGAACCUAUUGAAAUUACAUUGGAACAUGAUGAUGAAAACGAGACUGAUAGUGUUAAUGCAUCCAAUGAUGAAGUUGGAUCAAAUAUUAACCUCUCAGCCUAUAGUAUAGGUGAAUCUGACUGGGAAUCAGGACUUUCAGAAUUCUCAACAUCCGACGAAAAUAACAGCUCAGAUGAAAUUGAAGAAUUAGAGAAUGAACUCUCAAUAACCGGUGGAUUGAAUAGAAGAUGGGUAACUCCAGACGGCAUUGAAGUUAUAGAUGAUGAACCAUCUGCUGAAGACGAUGAUGAGCAAUUCCAUGGAAUUGAGCAUGUAUUCCAUUCCGAAACACAACCUCUAUUUAGAAUUCAAAAUGCUCGUACACAUGGUCGUCACCAAUCACGUUCUUUCCGUAAUAAUCAAAACCAUUUAUCAUUUGGUCUGCCAUCAUUAUCAUUAUUAAAUCCUGGACGUAGACGUCAAAGUAAUUUGGUGAAUCCACUGGGCCCAACUGGUCUAGAAGAAGUUGAAAAUGAUAUAUCUGAUCAAUUAAUAAGUGUAGGUUCAGGUAUCCGUCCAAGAUCUGACCGUCCACCAUAUGCCGGGGUGCUAUUCUCUGGCGAUUCUUUUGAUGAAAGAAUGCCGGAUGGAAUAGUUCUGAAAUCUUCUGUUUCAAGAUGGAAAGAUAUAUUUGACAUGUUUUACGAUUCAAAGAAAUAUGCAACUUAUACAUUAAAUACUAUAAUUAAUAGAAUUAAGGAUGCCAGUAGAGAACGAGCUCGUUUGAAUUUAAAGAUAGAAGAUGGCGUAGAAGCACGUGGGGAAAACAGUUAUUUCAAUAUUCUCUCCGCUAGUGAAGCUGAAUCGGAAGCUGGUAAUUCUGAACCUGAAAUUGAGGAGGUGGAUAGUGAGCAUGAUGAUGGGUCAACAACAAAUGAGGAGGAUGCGGGUAUGCAUUCUGAUCACAGCCCUGAUAAUCAUGAGCCAGUAUACGUUACAAUCGACGGAGAAGAAGUUGAUAUCGGAGGUACAGAUAUUGAUCCUGAAUUUUUAUGUGCUUUACCGGAAGAUAUGAGAGCAGAUGUGUUUGCUGAACAUAUACGUGAACGGAGAGCAGAAGCGAUGAAUUCAGAUAUUCAUUCUAGGGAAGUUGACUCAGAUUUUUUGAACGCCAUUCCCCAAGAAAUUAGGGAAGAAAUUUUGGAGCAGGAGGCGGCAGAAUCCAGGAUAAAUAAUAUAAUUGAGACUAUUCGUAGUAAUGCAACAAUCGCCCAGGUUUCUGAUAGAGCAAUUAAUGGUACCGAUAAUAUGACAGUUGAAGCUAAUGAAGAAGAAAAGAAAAAGACGCCUCGUCUUUAUUUUUCUCCGCUGGUUGAUAGGCAUGGAAUUGCUGCCAUUCUAAGAUCAACAUUUAUCUCCCAGCCUUAUAUUCAAAGAGAGGCAUAUCAUGAACUUUUUUUCCGUCUAUGUUCAAGUAAACAGAACCGUAGUGACAUCAUAAAUAUGCUACUUAUUAUUUUAACUGAGGUAGUUGAAAAUCAGCAUUCCUUAGAAAAAGUGUUUUCUCACAUUACGGCAAAAUCCCAAACAAAUGGGAAAUCUCCUCAAAUUACGCCAAAUAUGAAACAGCUACCCGCAGAUUGUACCCCACUGGUAGUUGCUAAUCAAGCCAUUGAAAUUUUACAGAACUUAAUUGAGGCUGACUCAAGAUUAAGAUACUACUUUAUUACAGAACAUGAAAAGUUUAUUGGAUCUAAGUCUCCUACCAAGUUCAAAAAGGAAGGAACCAUUAAAACUACUAUCUUUCCAAUUAAAUACUUGUUUCUUUUACUAAAUAAGAAGGUUAUAACUGAUGAAAGUGUACUGAUGGAUCUUUUAACCAGAAUCAUUCAAAUUUGCUCAAAACCUAUAGUAUCUAUUUCUAAAUCAUUGAAUGAAAAAGGGCAUAUUAAACGAAAACUUCAACUACCAGAGUUUACUAAUGAUGAAUUAGUAGGACUAGUUUCCAUCAUUAAGCUAGAUAGUUGUAAUACUAAAGUUUUUCAGCAGACUCUGAAUAUCAUGCACAAUUUGUCAUUUUUAAAUGACUCAAUUACUAUCUUUACAGAAGAACUAUUAAAUAUUGCAAAACAAACGGUACAAAUAUUAACAAAUGAUUUAAAAGAUUUAGCAGCUGCAAGCUCUAUAGUAGGUAGCAGUGCCGAAAUCAAUUCAGAAAUUAUUCAGAAAUUUACAAUUCCUAGUUCUAAUCAAUCAAAACUACUAAAAGUAUUAACUGCGGUAGAUUACUUGUACAUGCAUACGAAUAAAUAUGGCUCAGAGAAUGUUGAAAAAUUGAUGACUUUGUAUAAUCAAAUGAAUUUAGGCGAGAUGUGGAAGGCUCUGAGCUGUUGUUUGUCAGAUUUUGAAAGUAGAAAAACGUUUUCUUCUUCUGCUACCAUUCUUCUCCCCCUAAUCGAAUCAUUGAUGGUUGUAUGUAAGCAUACGAACUCUGUUCAAUCCAGUCCAAAGGGUAUAUUGAAAUAUGAAGAUGUAACCAAGCUUGACUUUUCUAAUGUUACUGUGGAAAACUUGUUCUUCCCAUUCACUGACCUUCAUAAAAAACUAUUAAAUCAUAUGAUUCGUUCUAACCCAAAAUUAAUGAGUGGCCCAUUCUCUUUAUUGAUAAAGAACACUAAAAUUCUUGAUUUUGACAACAAGAGAUAUUAUUUUACCGCUAGAUUGACUUCAGACACACAAGAUAGACCAAAAUUGUCUAUUACUGUGCGUCGUGACCAAGUUUUCCUUGACUCCUACAGAGCUCUUUUCUUUAAAUCAGACGAAGAAAUCAAAAAAUCGAAACUUGAAAUUACUUUCAAAGGAGAAAGUGGUGUUGAUGCUGGUGGUUUAACCAGAGAAUGGUACCAAGUUCUAUCUAGACAAAUGUUUAAUCCUGAUUAUGCAUUAUUUAUCCCGGUUGCUUCUGAAAAAACUACUUUCCGACCAAAUCGUACAUCUGGUAUUAACCCAGAGCAUUAUUCGUUUUUCAAGUUUAUUGGUAUGGUAAUUGGUAAGGCAAUUAGAGAUAAAUGUUAUCUGGAUUGUCAUUUUAGUAGAGAAGUUUACAAAAAUAUUCUAGGUAAAUCUGUUUCAUUAAAAGAUAUGGAAUCUUUGGAUUUAGAGUACUAUAAAUCUUUAAUUUGGAUGCUUGAAAAUGAUAUUACAGGUGUCAUUGAGGAAACUUUUUCUGUCGAAACCGAUGAUUAUGGUGAGCACAAAAUAAUUGAUUUAAUUGAGAAUGGUCGCAACGUGCAGGUUACUCAAGAAAAUAAGCAUGAUUACGUUAAAAAAAUAGUAGAAUAUAAAUUACAAACUUCAGUGAGUGGUCAAAUGGAGAACUUUUUACAAGGAUUCCAUGCACUAAUUCCUAAAGACUUGAUUUCUAUAUUUGACGAACAAGAAUUAGAACUUCUAAUAAGUGGUCUUCCUGACAUUGAUGUCGAUGAUUGGAAAAAUAAUACUACCUACGUAACUUACACAGCAUCUUGUAAACAAAUAGGAUACUUUUGGAGAGCUGUUAAAUCAUUUGAUACUGAAGAAAGAGCAAAAUUAUUACAAUUCGUCACCGGUACAAGUAAGGUUCCAUUAAAUGGAUUCAAAGAGCUUUCUGGUGUAAAUGGUAUUUGUAAAUUUUCCAUUCAUAAAGAUUAUGGGUCAACUGAUAGAUUACCUUCAUCUCAUACAUGUUUUAAUCAAUUGGAUCUACCAGCUUACAAUUCCUAUGAAACUCUCCGGGGCUCACUUUUGUUAGCAAUUAACGAAGGUCAUGAAGGUUUUGGGAUCGCUUAA